GUCGUAGUCGCUACACCGUAGUCUCUACAUCGUGGUCGCUACGUGCAAAGCGUAGUCGCGGGUAAAGUGAUUCUACGGCAAGAGAAUCGACGAUGACGCAUAUGGCAGCAUUAGCCUUGGUAUGUCUUCUGGUCGGGAUCGCUGCUAAUCCUGUCCGAAGAUCUCCAGAUCUUGAAGCAAGAAGAAGAAGUGCUAUUGAUAGAAGUAUGAUUAGGUUUGGUCGCUCAUUUCCCCAAGAACCAUCUGCAGCCGAAAUAAGAGAAUCUCUGCAGCGACCCACGCGCCGUGGCAACAAUUUCCUUCGCUUUGGAAGAUCACAACCACUCACAUUUACCACUGAAGACCUAAUAUCCCUCCUGAAAAGUUAUGAAGAGGACUACGAACAAUCCAAAAGAUCUUCAAACUUUCUGCGAUUUGGUCGAGACUCGAAAUUUAUCAGACUUGGAAGGUCUGCAGAAGAGAAUCCUGGAUAUGAGCCAAGCUCGCAGCUGUACGUCAAUCAAUAUCCCCAAAGGAAGAACCGAGCGAGGGAUCAUUUUAUCAGGCUUGGCAGAGACAGUGAGGAAACGUCUGAUGUAGAAGAAGUUGAAAGGAAGAAACGAUCCGUGGCAGAAUGCCAAGACUGUGAUGCUUAAAUGUAUAAAGCCUACCUUGACUGUGCCAAAAUACUUCUUGAUAACCCAAUCUUAUUUUCCCAUAUAUAUAUGCAUCUUGUUUUGAGCACAGAAUGAAAUGCAACAAACGAUUUCAAUAAUUAAAUCGGUUAUAGAAUAAGUUAAAGAAGUCAUGUUUAACUUAAAACUUAAUCUAUUAAUACUAUUAAAAUUAAGUAAUUACAAAUAAUAAAAUUCAUAAAUUCAUCAUCGCAGCUGGCAGGUAAGCCAAGAAGCUAGCACCGUUACCUCUCUGUAUGGACUAACUUUUCCUCUGACAUAGGUACAUACCAUGGAUCACUUGUUAAAUCCGUAAGGCGCCUGGACAACUCUAAUAUAAGAUUUGAAAAACUUAACUUGAUUAUAAAUAAGUUGAUUUAAUACUAGUUUUCCCUAUAAUUUGUGAAUUACGUAAACUUAUUUCUUACUUUAUUUAUUAAUAAAAAUUGAAUGCAAAAAGAAAUCAAUCCAAUACUGAAUUUAUUCAUAAUUAUACAUCAGUCAAUUGUAUUAUAGAUUUUAAUGCAUUUAAAUGUCUUUUUACAUACAGUUAAUAGAUGUUACUAUACGUCAAAUUCGUGAUGUUUUAUUUAGAUAAUGACAUUUUAACAAAUUAAAUAUUUGAUACAUUUUCCUGAAUAAAUAUAAGAAUGAAGUGUUAAUUGUCUUUUAAAACCUGAGUUAAACUCAAAAUAUGACAUAAAAAAUUAAAUUUAGAGAAAUGUAUAAAAACAUAAGACACAUUUUCUUAAAUUAAAGAUUGAAUAGAACCUAUAUUUUCAAUGACUUACUAUUAAUGUGAAUUAAAAAUAUAUGGACAAUUAAGUAUAUUCGGUGUAUAUUAUUUAAAACUAUUAUUUAAAUCUUUGUAAUGUUUUUAUUUUUUGUAUUCUUAGUAAGUUCAGCGAACAUUUAUUAUUAUCACUGUAUAACUAUAAAUAAAACUAUAAGGAAAUUAAGCAUCAUUUAUUUACAACAGAAAAACUGGUAAACUUAUCUUAGGCGCUGAUGUGGUACCCAUAAUCUAGCCGGCAUCUUCUCCAAAGGAUCUAUUGGUAGAUACUGGCAGCAGUUCCUUUUUGGAUAGCUAGGCUGAUCCGUUGCUCGAAAUAAUUACUAGCGCUUCGGUUUCCAGUAGCUCUAUAUGCGUCUCUGGGCCCCAAGGCCAAGUAUCUGGACAAAAACUUCAAUAAAGAUAUAAGACUCAUGGAGACUGAUAUAUCUGCGACAUUAUCUAUCACAUCAGCAGUCGAUACAGCAACCUAAGUACCAAGUGAAGUAGCCUGAACACGAGAAGAAGCCAGAUUGUCAACGUAAGUCGCGUCACACACCAAUUCCCUUCCCCUUGCCCAACACACCAGCGUCAUAUUAUCAUAGUUUAUUUCUGUAUUAUGCGUCUUGGCAUCUGUCUUUCAAUAAUGAUGAAAUAUGCUGGAUUGAUUGAUUAUGAUUGUAUUUUGGUGUUGUAUUUGGAGAGGCUUUUCCAGUGAGAAGUCUCUCAAUCCUUGUCGACGAAUCUUGCUGCAAGUCCUUGAAUACUGUGGCGCUUCAGCCUGGUGAAUUUAAGGCUCCCAGGACCCUGAAGUUGAAUAGCAAGUUUGGACUGUUAAGUCUACUCGCAUCUCUCCUCCUCCUUCUUCUGAAUGUUUCUGGCUCUGAAAUAGCAAGCAUCAUUGAAGCUGACGUGAUGACUUGAUUGGCCUCCUAUCUUAGACAAGAUAGUCCAUUCUAGAGAAUUUACCUGCAGGCCACAUUCAUGAGGUUAGUUUAAUUUUCAUCCAAGCUGUAGUGAUACGCAGACAACCAAUGUUUUAUUAUCAAGAAGUAUACCAAUCGGCGGAGAAGGCAAUUCUUUUUGUGUCAUGUACAAAAAACCAACACGAACUGUUCUGUCAGUAGAUGAUAAGAUCAAAAGAUAAAAGACUCGCUCACAGCAAACUCCGCCCCGUAACUGUCAAACACUUUUUGACACUUUGAAUUUGACUAUUUGCAAUAUUUAGCCUAGAAUUUCAAACUUCAUACAAAUAGGAAAUCUUUCAAAUACCUGGCAUAUGAUUAACAAUUUUAGUAAUCAAGCGCUUUGCAGUAAGUACUGAAGAAGAAACGCUAUUAGAUAAGAAAAAAAAAAUAUAUUUUUUAGAGACGCUAUUCAGAACGGUUUCUAAAUUAUGAUUAAUUUAGAAUAGCCCGUAAAGUAAUAGAGCAUCUGUGGUACAAAAAAAAAUAUGCCUGGAAAAAUAGAUUAAUUAUUGGUGUCCGCUACGCCCGUGGACCUACGCCACGUAAUGUCGUGUGGUCUCGUGGCGAACAAUGUGUGACGUUGACAUGCCACAAUGUCAUGUUCUGUCAAACUUUCAAUUAAUUUCAAUGUAAUAUGAACCGUAUGAUACAAAAUUUGAAAAAUGCCAUUGAGUGUCAAGAUGCCAUGCCACACACACACACGCAAUAAAAAAGCUAUUGUUCUUAGGUAGUGUGGUAUCUAGUUUUAGCCCAGCGGAAACCAAUCCAUAAUCUUAGUUUGGAAAAUUAGUUUUGAUAAGUAUAUAGGAAUGGCCAUAUUAGUGUAAGUAUCCGAUUUCGAAGGCUGGUUAUUAAAAUCGGAUACUCACACAUGCAUUUACUAAGACAUUUCAAUGUAUGACGUUCAGAUUAACAACUACUUUUUUUGUAAUAAAUAUUAAAAUUUGUCAUUUUGAAUGUUUGGGUUAAU